AUGGUUGACCAAAAGCUGAGUGACGUUGAUGAUCUUACAAGCGAAGGCCAUUUUGAUGUUGUAGCAGAAAAGAUUUCCCGUUAUAUGUUCUAUGAACUUCCUGUGGCUAAGCUUGUAGGGGUAGAAUCAACAUUUGAGAAGCUAUGUUCAUGCUUUGAGAACAAUCCGAGAGGCAUCAUUGGUUUGCGGGGAAUGGGAGGGGUAGGCAAAACAAGUCUGCUUAGGAAAUUCAACAACGAUUUCCUUUCAAAGAAAGCAAACAAUGUAGUCAUUUGGGUUGUGGUGUCUAAAGAUGCAGAUGAAGGAAAAAUUCAAGUUGCCAUUAGGAAGAAAUUGAAUGUCACAGAUGAUGAAUGGAAUAAUAAGACGGUGGAUGAAAGAGCUGUUGUGUUAUGGAAUAUCUUAAAAAACAAGGAAUUUGUGUUGUUAUUAGAUGAUGUUUGGGAAAGGAUUGACCUGUUAAAAUUGGGGGUUCCUUCCCCUAAUAAUCAUGAAUGUAAGAUAAUAUUUACAACUCGGUUAGAAGAGGUAUGCGGUUGGAUGGGUGCGGAUGCAGAUGGAAGCAUCAAAGUAAAUUGUCUCCCACCAGAUAAAGCAUAUGAUUUGUUCAAGGAGAAAGUGGGCGAUACUACUCUUGAACAACCUAAUAUAUCGUCUCUUGCAAAGCAAGUGGUGGAAGAAUGUAAAGGCUUGCCACUUGCUCUUUGUACUGUUGGACGUGCCAUGAGUAGAUUGCCAAAUGAUACCUGCAAAUCAUGUUUUUGUUAUUGUGCCCUGUUCCCUGAGGACCAUAACAUUAAAAAACAGGAGCUUAUUUUGCUCUGGAUUGCAGAAGGUUUCUUGGCUGAAUUUGAUUGCAAUAUUCAUAAAGCAUGUAAGCAAGGAGAAGAUAUAAUUUCAACUCUAAAGUAUGCGUGCUUAUUGGAAAAUGGUGAGAAAGAUGAUACAGUUAAGAUGCAUGAUGUGAUUAGAGGUACAGCUCUCUGGCUAGCUAAUGAUCACGGGGAUACGACGAGAUUCAUUGUAAGAGGCUAUUCCAUGACAACUGGGCUUGAAGUAUACAAUGAUCCAAAGUGGAAAGAGGUAGAAAAGCUAUCAAUGUGGGGCGGGGGUGAUGUGAGCACAAACUUCCCACAAAAACCCCAUUGUCCUAAUCUCGUGACUCUACUUAUUAGGAAUACUUGGAUACAGGCCUUUCCAACUGAGGCAUUUGUCCUUCCAAGUACUGUCAAAGUUCUGGACUUUUCUUCUAAUUAUGGAAUAAGAGAUGUACCAUCAGAAAUAGGGGACUUUGUAAACCUGAACACAUGA